UACAGUAUAUCCGUAUAUUCUAUAGAGAAAUAAAAAGCUGAGCAUUUUAAUGUGGACUCCUGAAGACUGCUGGCAUGUGAGUGACAGGUGAGAUGAUCAUCCCCAUGGCCCCCUCCUCUCCCCUCCUCCUGCUGGUGUACCGGCAUGUCCGCGCCUGUGGGAUGGAGUUACUCUCGCAUUUACUCUCAGUCUGGAUGCUGCUGUCGCUGCUGCUCCGAUCCACUUGGAUGUCCUUCUUCAUAAAGGAGGGUCUUAUCUUCCCCACUUGAUCGCGCACUUACUGUUUUUUGGCGAUCCGAAAGCAACUUUAAAGAGUUCACCGGCAUUUUAAUCUAACCAUCUGAGAGCCGAGAAGAGGUGAUCGCUGCCUUGACCGGAGGAAAGUAUGAAGUGGCUGGAGGCUGCGCGCGUUUCAGUGCUGCUGUUGGUGCUGCUGCUGGGGGAUCACGGCGGAGUGCAGGGGAAAGCGGCUCGGCUGGAGCGCUGGGUGAAAGCUGGGCUGCAGUAUCUGAAGGUGCACCUGUGCCGCAGGGUGGCUUUACCGGAGAGCGAGUGCCGCAGGCUGGCUCAUCUCCAUCCCAGCGGAAUAGCGGUGUACACUUCAGAGUCCGGCUCUGGUAAAGUGCUCGCCAUCCUGCCCGACUCGCAUCCCGCAGGAAAAGCGAGUCAGAGUGCGGGCGCGCUUGCGGCUGAGCGCGGGCUGGAGCGGGAGCGCUUCCCCGACGUGAGCGCGCAUGACGCCGUGCUCGUGCUGGACCCGAGUCCCGGAGAGAGCUUCGGUCACCCCGUGCUGCUCUUCUACGUGGACUUUAACGUGGCCAAGAAGAAGUGCGCCCAUAUGGAGGGGAUUUAUUUGGGAGAGGUGUGUAUGACGCUGGCUCUGAAGACUCGCUGUCGGAACCAGCUGAAGCGGAGAAGGAGCCGCAGCGACCGUACGAUGGAUCGCACACAGAUUCGGAAGAGUGCGGUGGCCAGAGCAAGCCAUACAGAGCGUAGCAGUGGCCUCUGUGAGAUCCACUUCCUGCCCCGAGUGGUGGGAGUGAGGGACAGCAACCGAACGCAGCGCCUCCGCUGUGUGGAUCAUCCAGAGUUUGCUAGAUGCCCACAGCCUUUGCCCCUCACUAGUCCAACCGUGCCCAUCUCUAGCUGCGAGCUCAAUAAAAACACCCGUCGAUGCCACCAGCAGCCUCUCGCCACACAUCUCUCCUGUCGCCUCUACCAGACCUGCGACCACGCAGUACUGCUCUCAGGUGGGUGGCAGGAACAGAUCACAUACCAGCAUCAUGAGCAGAAUCUGCUGGUCUUCUACCAGAUGCUAAGAAACAAUGGUUUUCAUAAGGAUCACAUUAAAACAUUCUUUGCUGGAAAUGGACAGGUAGCAGCUAAAGAGGCAGAAGGAAUGUACCCAGCCACAGAAAAGGAGGUAAUCCGGAACCACAUCUCCUACAUCUGUCGCAAGCAGCACUGUGCAGACACAUUCGUCCUGUACCUGAACAGCCCGACCCGCAAUGACGGAACCAUGCUGCUGUGGGACCGCAACAACAACGGCAUUGCAGAUCUAAAGGAGCGCUACGCAGUGGGUGAGCUGCUGGCUGACCUUGCAGGUUGCAGGGCAAAUCGAGUGCUGCUCUUUGUUGAGCAGAGCUACACCGGAGUUCUCACUAAGCGACUAAAGGGCUCUCUUAAACACCUCAAUGUGGUGCUGCUCAACGGCCUGCCCUGGGUGAACACAGCCCAGUUCUGGGCCUCUCUGCUCCCAUCCCACUGCCUCAUCGACCACCUCAGUAAGAAUGCUGUAAUGCUUCAUGUGGGUGAUGGGAUAAGCCUGCUGAACGUGACUCUGUCUGGAGCUCCUUGUAACUCCACGCCACCUCUUUCAGAGGAUGAAAUGAAGAAGGAGUACAUGGGCUGUCAGAACCUUCCCACUGCACUGUGGCACCAGGGCCAUCGAAAGUCUCACAACAGCGAGAGAAACUGAGAGACAAUGCUUAUUCUUCCAGUGCAGCCUCAUCAAUUUCACUACCAGCAUCUAAUCUCAACUAGAGAAUGCUAGAGAUGCCAACCAUGUCUUAUUGGUCAUCUUAGUUCUUUACUACGGCUUUUGAACUUCGGUUGUAACACUAGAUUCAGGCAGCUGCUUUAGGAUGCUGCUAGACAAGAAUAAAAAUAUGUGUAUAAAUUAUUGUUGCUCAAGUACAGGUCAAACCGUCAUUAGCUGGAUCCAGCCUAUCCAAAAUGCAUGGACCCUGGUAAGAUGGAUGUACAGAAACAGGCUGUUGUGGAGGCCACAGGAGUGUACAAGAGAAAGUGUUAUGUCCUCACUCUGAACCUCAGCCCUCCAUCUGCAGCAGGAGACAGCAUCCCAGUGUUUGGUUCCUCCAGUAUUUUUGUCUACCCACAGUGGGGGUUCAUCCGGCGGACAGCUGCGCUCUUGCAUCUCUCCACAUUCAGAGCAUCCUGUCGCGGGUCAGCGAUCACGUCAUAUCCUGGAGAUGAACCACGAUGACUAUGCCAGUCUGCCAUUUCAGGACAAAUCUAUGUUUCCCUUGCAGACACCAUGAAGAAGCCUAGGCAUUGCCAUCAUUUAGUCAUGAGAACUGUUCCUUCAGCAAACUCUGCCCCUUUCAAGGCCACUUUCACUCUCUCUCUGAUGCAGUCUGACCUGCAUCAGUGUUGGCCUAUAGGUGACAGAACACAAACUAGAGGAGGACAUGUAGCUGUCUCACAGGUCUCUGCUGAGAUUUACGUACAAACUUUCAAAGAUUGAUCAAGGUCAAUAUAAGGUAGGAAUAAAAAAAAAAAAAAGAACAUUGGACCUUUUUAAACAAAGGUCCCUGACCAGGUUUGGCAUUAUAGCUCUGAUUAAGCUUAUUUGUGUAUACAGUAUAUAAUAUAAAGGUGUUGUGAGCUCCAAGUCAGUUAUCAUAUACAUUCAUACCUCUUUCCUGUGUACAGACUCCCCUUAAACCAUGUUCAGUGCAUGUUAGCUAAACAUAGUUUAAUAGACUAUACCCAAGUGUAAAACUCAGCCAAGUCAAGAAAUAUUUUUUGUAUAGAACAGAAAUGUGUUUGUUCUAUAAAUGUCAUGUUGUGCUAAAUAAAUGAAUUUUAAUGUCACUUAAGAGGAUAAUAAAUGUCCUCAUCUCAGUUGUUAAACUGUAGCUCGUGUGACCUUAUGUAAAUACUCAAAAUAAAUUAACUUUUGUACAUAA